CUGAAGCCCUAAUUUCAUUUUGCCAAACUCCAAAACUCUUCAGCCGCAGAGAUCUCUCCUCAUGGCUCCAAUUGGUGUGGGCGAUGUUGUACCAGACGGAACUAUCUCUUUCUACGAUGAGAAUGAUCAGCUUCAGACCGUCUCUGUUCACUCUCUCGCCGCCGGUAAAAAAGUCAUUCUCUUCAAUGUCCCUGGUGGGUUCACUCCCACAUGCAGCAUGAAGCUUGAGCCUGGAUUCAUUGAGAAAACAGAGGAGCUUAAGUCAAAGGGUAUUGAUGAGAUCAUUUGCUUUAGCGUGAAUGACCCAUUUGUGAUGAAGGCAUGGGGAAAGACAUACCCUGAGAACAAGCAUGUGAAGUUUGUAAGUGACGGGUCAGGGGAAUUCACACACCUUUUGGGACUUGAGCUUGACCUCAAAGAGAAGGGUAGAUUCGCUCUGUUACUCGAUAACCUCAAGGUGACUGUAGCCAUUGUUGAUUCUGAUGGUGAAGGUCCCUUGUUUCAACUCGAAACGAUGACGAUGAUGUUGACGUGGUCGAUGUCAAAUCUUCCAAGGGAUUUGGUAGAGGAGAUUGUCUCUAGGGUUCCUUGGAAAUUAAUGAGAUCAGUGAGAUUAACUUGCAAAAAGUGGAACGGUUUGUUCAAAAGCCGGAGCUUUAUGGAGAUGCGCAUUGCCAAAGAAGAAGAAGCAGCAAAGGAAUUAGGGGAGACUCGGAUGAUUGUGAUGUUGGAUUACAAUGUUCAUUUAAUGGGCAUUGCCGUGAACGACAAUCUAUCCAUAAAGUCUCUAGGUAAACUUACUUGCCUAGAGGAUUCAGAACAAGUCAAGAUAUCUCAAGUCUUUCAUUGUGAGGGUUUAUUGUUAUGCAUCUUGAAAGACGAUGACACUAAGAUUGUUGUUUGGAAUCCGAGUUUGGGGGAAACAAGGUGGAUCCAAACCAGAAAAUAUAACCGCGCAAGUGCAUUGAAAGGACGAGACUAUUACAAGUAUGCUCUUGGAUACAAAAAUAAUAGCCAAAACAGAUCUUGUCGUAGCUUCAAGAUCUUGAGGUUUAUAGAUGAUUUCAGACUUCACCCCGACAACCCUGCUUUACGGUAUGAAAUCUACAAUUUUGAUUCUGAUUCAUGGAUUACUCUUGAUGUCUCUCCACACUGGCGUAUAAUGUCUGACCGUGGCCUCUCUCUCAAGGGAAACACUUAUUGGGGUGCUGUAGAACGAAACGCACAUGGACCCAUUGAUCGUAUAAUCUGUUUUGAUUUCACAAGAGAGAGAUUUGGACUGCUUCUUCAUUUGCCGUUUAGUGCUUGGGGUAACCAGUUUGCAUCACUAUCUUGUGUUAGAGAAGAGAAGAUCGCGGCUUUAUUUCAAACAAGUAAAACAUAUAAGCUUGAGGUAUGGAUUACGACUAAGAUUGAGGCCAACAAUGUGUCAUGGAUCAAUUUCUUCACAAUGGAUACAAAAUAUCUUGAGAGUCUUUCAGAUAAGAGUUUCUUCAUUGACGAGGAGAAUAAAGUUGCUGUGGUUUUUGAUAAAGAAGGAAAAACUAUAUGCGACCUCACUCACGACUCUGUUAAAGUCAUUGGAGAGGAUGGAUGCUUGAAGAAAUGGGUUCUUGGAGAACCCGGAGAUAAAAAGUGUUGGCCACUUGUGUGCUCUUAUGUUCCAAGUACAGUACAAAUCAAGCAACAUAAAGGAGUCAAAAGGAAAGAACAAAGCGAUUAGGAAAAGGCAUUGAUUUGAGCAAAACGUGUUGAGACAAGAGGAGGUGGGGGGAAACAGAGAGUUGAUUGUCCUCAACUUGGGAACUACCCUUCGUUUUAUUUUAGCAAUAUGAAUUUCUUCUUCAAUUUGAACAAGAUUUUAGGUUUUAUAAUUUUUACAAAACCGCUGGGUUAUCAAGAUUUAAGUACAAACCUUGAAAACGUAAACCAGCUAUAAGAUGUUUGGAUUUACCAUGUACUUGCUAGCGUUUGAGGUCA